UAUUUUGUCUCCCCCUGCUGGUGAUGUCAUUAUGCAAAUUAGGCAGGCAGUAACGGCUUUUCACUGAGCCUGCCUGAUUGUGAGAGCCUGAGUUCCCUGUGAAGGCAGUAGCUGCAUUGCACAUAUCCUGGAGUUUGGUACAGAAGGUUUUGUUGGGAUACAGCUACCAGCAUACGCCAGCACACUUUGGCUUGGAAGUUUUUUAUUCUUGGAACCACGGUUUAACAGAAAAUACUGAGAAUAUUUUUGAAUUGUGAAAAUGGCAGAGUCCAGCAGUGAUGCAAGUUCCUUUUCACCAGAGAAUACAAGUAAUGAAUCAUCAGAAGAGUGUACAGACAUUGCAAGCAAUCUGUCUGAAGAGUCGUGCAUAGGUGAACCCACUCAAAACCAGGAUGUACUGGAUGAUGAAACUAUAGCACUACUGGAGGAACUACAUCUAAAAUAUCAUGAUGAGGAAUCUUCCACAUGUUUCCAAAAUAAUCCUCAAAGGCUACCUAACGAAGAGGCAUCUCAGGGCCAAACCAAUGAACAUCCGCGUUUGGGAAACCAUUCAUGGUGCGAAUGUGGUAAAUGCGUAGAUAUGCCAACUGUGGAAGAAUCUAUUUGCUGCAAAGAAAAUGGGAAUAUUGACCAGUACAUGGAGGGCCUCGACUGUAUAUGUGAACAUCACACAUUCAAGGCAUCAUGUCUAGAUGAAACAAUUAUGACUGUUACUUUUCGUGUUAUUCAAAGUGUUGCCAAAAGUAAUACUGGACUGGCUAAUAGGUCCCUACGCAUAACAGCAUACAGAUUUUUUACGCUUUGGGUGCACGGCUACCUAGGAAAACGGAACCGUCGUCCGAUACCAUCUUGUGUUGUAAAAGCAAUCCGUGAUAAAUUCCCAGACCCAGAAAGCACUUAUGUGGGUUUUAAAUACUAUGACUAUGCUGCUGUUGAUAUGGCAACAGAGAUAUAAUGAAACAUAAUCUAUACAAAUAACAUGAAUGUUUUGGUAAUGAUGUAAAUUUCUAUUUGUAUUUUAAAGGAAUAGUUCAGUAUAAAAAUAAAAAACGGGUAAAUAGACUGUACAAAAUAAAAAAUAUUUGCAAUAUAGUUAGUUAGCCAAAAAUGUAAAGUAUAAAGGCUGAAGUGACUGGCUGUUAAUAAUAACCAGAACAUAAUAACCAGAACCUGCUUUUCAGCUAUCUUGGUUUCCACUGAAAGUUAAGUCCGACCAAAGCUAGUGACUGUCUCCCUCCCUGAAAAUCGUACGAUCGGCAAUACACGCAGAGAUAUUAUCGGCAGCCAACAGAAAUCUUUCAACUUGUCCGAUCGACCAAACGACCAAUCUCUGCUGGACGAAAAAUGUCGGGACGCUCCACACAUGGUCCAAAAAUCAUACGAAUCCUCGUACGAUCAGAUCUUUGAAUCUAUGGCCAGCUUUACUCAGAGUUAGAGUGCUGAAAAGGAGUAGUUCUGUUCUGUUAGACAUCCAGUUUCUCCAGCCUUUAUACAUUACAUUUUUGGAUAUCUAACUAUAUCAAAUACAUUUUUUAUUUCGCACAGCCUAAUUAUUUACUUAGUUUUUAUUUCUACACUGAACUGUUCCUUUAAAUUAUAUAUAAUUCCAUCUAUCUUUAUUAGAUUUGUCACUACAACACCUUUAUCAAACCAAUAUUUUUUUUUUUACAAAAAAUACAAAUGUAUGUGUUUGUGAAAGGAGAAUUAAACCUCCAUCUAACCCAUUUAAAUUGCCUUACUCCCUGCUACCUUUCCCUACUGUUUAAUGCUUUGACAGUUGCUCCUUCAUGUACAUCUGUCACAAGCAAAGGUGCGCAGGAUAGUUCUUGGGCUCCAUCGUCUGCCCUUUCACACAUCUUCUUGAAUUCUGCAGAUAUAUUUAAAGGUGUAAUCACAGGAUUCCCAAUAUAUUAUAUGAAGCUUGUGAUGUCUUUAAAACAAAUUGUUGUUGGAAAAUUUCUUCUUAGUGUUUGUCUGGUCAGUUUUGGACAUUGCACUUUGGCUUGGUAGUUACCAGAAAAUAUAUAUUGGAAUUUAAAGAAAAAUGAAGUUAUAGAUAUGAGGUGUUCCUCAGUCUAAAAUAGAUGUGAAAAACAGAUUCACAUAUAUGCAAAUAUAAAAUAAAGUUUUAGUUA